CACAGUGCAAAUACAGCGAGAGCAGAUGGUGAGAGUUUUCAAAGGCAUUUGAAACUUAGCCUGAACUAAUGUCCUCGGGAGUUUGGUGCAGAGUGGAAACUUUUUUUUCUACUUGGGAACUAUUUCAGCAUUCAGUCUGAUAAUUGGAACUCAGAGCAUAGAUGAAUGCUACAACAUUUUUGCUACUUUACUGGAUUUUCCUGUCUCUCCUGGUCUUCUGUUCUGCUGCUUCUGGAGAACACAAAAUCAUCACAGCUGAGUCUGGACAGAACAUCACUCUGACAUGUCGAGCUCCAAACAACAACAACAUAUUUGUGGAGUGGAGAAGAGCUGACCUGGAUGAGUAUGUCUUUUUGUACAGCGAUGAGGGGUCUGUACUUGAAGACCAGCAUCCAUCUUUUAAGAACCGGGUGGAUCUGCAGGACAGACAGAUGAAGGAUGGAGACGUGUCUUUGAUUCUGAAGCAUGUGAUGAUUGCUGACAGUGGGACAUAUGAGUGCCGUGUCAUCCAGAGAGGAUACAGCCACAAGAAGGCCGUCAUUAAGAACAAGCCUAUCUGUAUCAUGGACCUGAGUGUUGAUCCUGCAGGUCAAUCAAGAAGAAAUGAAGAAGAUGGAUCUAUUGGAUGGAAAGUUGCUCUGUCAAUUUUCUGUCUACUUCUUGUUGCUGCUGUUGCUGUUUUUAUGUACAGAAAAUGUUAAUAACAACAGAGUCGGGGUUCAGAGCAAACUCCUGUUUAAAGAAAUAAUGUGACUAAAACUCAAACCUCUGAUGAGCCUCUCAUUGGAUCUUUGUCAAGAGACAAGCUAGACGAACACUUGUUCACACCACUUAUUAUUUUUUUUAAUGCUUUGUAAUGAAUAGUGAACUGCAGCUACAAUAAGUUGAGUGAUUAGUGCAAUUAGUGUGACUGUUACAAAACCACAAACAUCAUGGUAAAUGGCCUGUAUUUAUAUAGCGCUUUUCUAGUCCCUAAGGACCCCAAAGCGCUUUACAUAUCCAGUCAUUCACCCAUUCACACACAUCAUAAGCCCAGUUUCUACAUGUGAGAAAAUGAAUCAGAGCAAAGCAGGAAGAGCUUGCUUCAAGCACAUGUUCAUUAACACUCCAGCACUUUGACACAGUUUUUAUCACAGUCCUCUGCAGGCUGGGAGCGGCUAUGAAGUGAAACUGGGAAGCAACACUGCCUCCAUGAGGCCAAACUGCAACCAGACACCUCUCAUCAAGCAAACUGUUCUUAAUGGAAGAUCUUCAACAUGUUUUUUUAAACAUCUAAAACAUUUAAGGUGCAAAGUCUUUGACCUCGUUUUGUUUUUGUUUAUUGCAGCAGGAAUUGAGAAUUAUUCAGACCAAGCAACAUAAAUUAAAUCUACUGUGGUCUAUUUUUUCUAGAAGCUUGUGUGAAUUGUUGGCUCAGUUUCCUGUUGUUAGCUAACAAGAGUGGAAACUGCUGUGAUCUUCUGAAAGACCACUUUCAGCUCAGAGUAAACUGACUGCACUUUUGUCAAAUGGUCAAUCUUAAACCCCUAAAAUUAGAGAAAGAAGUUCCUUUUUCUAUCACACCUUCCAUACAAGGCAAUUAAACUCAUUCUCUGAAUAGCCCCUGAGGACUUUACACUUUCUUGACUCCUCUUCUGUCACUUGUUACUAGGCAAGCUCAAAUGCAGUUAGAAGCUAAAUGAAUUCCAGGCCUUUGGCCUGGCCUAUGUUUAAAUCAUGUAUGUUUGUAAGCGUGAAUGUUGUUUAUCCUUCUAUUGCUCCAAGUCCCCCCAAUAUAUCGACUGAGACAUCACGCUCAUCGAAGCUUAUGACCUUAAAUGGACUGAACAUCAACUCUGUCAAUGAGCACAAUCAUGCAAUGUAUGUAUACAAUGAUUAUAGCUGCACCUGUAAUGAAAAGGUUAAUAUGGUGACAAACAUCUCAAUGCAGUAUCAAUGCUGCAGGUUAUAUUAUUAAUGCAAUGUUAAUAAUGCAGGUUAUAUUGUAGCAGUAAAAUAAUUUAUUUUA